CUGCGUAUGGAAGAAGGCGACGAGUUUCGCCCAUGAGAAAAACCCAAAAACGCUCAGGAAUUGGGAUUAUUUCACAUUUCUGCACCACCGAUGAGUAAAUUUUCAUGCUUCCGGAUCUCCAAUGGAGGAUCACAUGCAGUGCACGAUAUGCUUGGACCAGUUUAAAUUCCCAGUGACCAUCCCAUGCGGUCACACCUUCUGCAAGACGUGCAUUUCCAAAUUCUGGGAUGGUCGAGAAAAAGACAUCCAGUGCCCCGUUUGCAAAGAAAGCUACGAGACGAGGCCUCAGCUCAACCGUAAUGUGUCCAUGUCAGUGUUAACAGAAGUGGCCUGCACAGCGAGUCCAGUGAGGAGUGAUGUUUGCAGAGGGGCCACCAUCCACACGGAGCCCGAACAGAUCUGUGAGCGGCACCAGAAACCUCUGGUCAUUUACUGCAGGAACGACGGCAUGUGCGUCUGCUACGAGUGCUCGUUGAAUGAAUGCAAGGGCCACGAUAAGAUCUUGGUGGAAACAGAACAGAGGAAUAGAGAGGCAGGAUUAAAGAAAAAGAGUGCAGAAAUCAAGAAACACCAGGAAGCCACUGAGCAAUACCGCCUGGAGCUGAUGGAGAACCUGGAGAAAGAGAAGGUAUCUCUACAACAAACUUCUCAGUGGGUGAACAGUAAGUUCUCUCAGCUGAUAAAGGUGUUGGCAGAGAAACAGGAAGUGACGCAGCUGUUUCUGGAGCAGCAGCAGGAAGCGACAGUGUUGCAGGCUGAGAAAAGCCUGUCUGUGCUGGAGGAGAGAACGACACGGCUUUCAGCCCUGCAGGAGGAGAUUGACAGCCUGUGCUUACUGCCUCCCUGCCAGCUCAUCAAGGACUCGAGGUUCAUGGAGGUUCCUCGGUUCGCUGAAGUUCCUGUGGAUGUUCAUGCUGGCGUGCAGGAGAAGCUGGCGCCGCUCACUGAUGUCCUGUCCCGAGUGUCCAAACUGGUGUGUGAGGAUCUGGAGAGAGCCGUACAGCUGUCUGCGGGACACCAGAAAGACAACUCUCCUCAAGACAAGCGUCCAGUUCUGGCUGUGGUUCCCAGUCCUGCAACACCCUCAUAUCCCGCAGAGAGAGAAGGACUGAACGCAUACCACUGCGCCCUGACCUUUGACCCCCGCACAGCCAACGCUCACCUGCGCCUCUCUCAGAGCAACAGGAGGGCGGAGCAUCUGGUCUCGGGACCCCGCCCCGUCCCGGCCGACGAGUCCCGCUUCGACCACACCUGGCAGGUGUUAUGUUUCCAAGGCUUCACCAGCGGUCAGCAUUACUGGGAGCUGGAAGUCUCCAAACCGUGGGCGUAUGUAGGCGUGACAUACCCCAACAUCCCGCGCAAGCAGAAGGGCAAGCGCUGCAUGGUGGGCAUGAACGAUCUGUCCUGGAGCCUGCAGCUGGAUGAGCGGCAGAUGAGCGCGUGGCAUGCUGGAUGCAAAGAAACUGUGGCGGGACAGCUGAAUAACACACAUCCGCUGCGUAUCGGCCUGCUGCUGGAUUAUGAGGCAGGAACGCUGACAUAUUAUGGGGAGGGACAGGUCCGACUGCACGCUUUCCACUGCGUCUUUAAUCAGGCGCUGUUUCCAGCCUGCUGGAUCGGGGAGGGGGUCACUGUAACGCUCUGUGAACCGCGGCCCUGAUGCUGUUAAUCGCUAUGUUUACGGGGACACUGCAGCGAUUUAAAGCCGUCGUUCAUCAGCGCAUGGCUCGUAUGUCAAGUUUUAGACAGACCAGCUGAUCGAAGUGACUUUAAAACACUCCAGUGUCCCUGUUUCUGUGUUUACACUCAGUAAACAGCGGUGAGUUUGGUGAACUUAUGACCUUCAGGGCCAAUCACAGUCAUUUCUGUUGAGCAUGUGAACACAAUGGCAAACCAAUGCUGUUUAAGAACGCGCUCAAAUGUUAGCGGGAAAUGGAGGUUUUUUAAAUUCAAUAUCUAUUGGUACCGAACUCCAGUAUCGUGACACACUAGAUUAUGCUGUCUUAAAUUAAUCUAAAUGUGAUCUUUUCCAAGUGUGGAAAAUCUGUCGACAUCUGUGUUUGCACAUCUCGUAAAGUGUGUUUCUGGCAUAAAUUGUCGCCAUUCUUGUGGCCAAAUCAUGGUUCGCUAACAUUUGAGCACUGUUGAUCGCGUUCUUAAACAGUGCUGAUUUGCCAUUGUGAUCACAUGCUCAACAGAAAUGACUGGGAUUGGCUGUGAAGGUCAUCUGUUCAUCGAACUCACCGUUGUUUACCAAGUUUAACCACAGAUACAGGGACACUGGAGCGUUUUAAAGCUGUGAUUCAUCAGCGAAUCGCUGGUAUGUCUGCUUCUAGACAAACCAGCUGAUCGAUAUGAUUUUAACCACAGAUACAGGGACACUGAAGCGUUUUACACUCAGUAAACAGCGGUGAGUUCAGUGAACUGAUGACCUUCACGGCCAAUCACAGUCAUUUCUGUUGAGCAUGUGAAUACAUUGGGAAAUCAGCGCUGUUUAGGAACGUGCUCAACAGCGCUCAAAUGUUAGCUGGAAAUAGACGUUUUUUUAUUUCAGUAUCGAUUAGUACCGAAUUCCAGUAUCGUGACACACUAGAUGAUGCUGUCUUAAGAGUUUAAAUGUAAUUUUUUCCAUGUAUGGAAAAUCUGUCGACAUCUGUGUUUGCACACCUCGUAAAAGUGUGUUUCUGGCAUAAAUUGUCGCUAUUCUUGUGGCCAAAUCAUGGUUCGCUAACAUUUAAGUGCUGUUGAGCGCGUUCUUAAACUGCUGAUUUGCCAUUGUGUUCACGUGCUCAACAGAAAUGACUGUGAUUGGCCGUGAAGGUCAUCAGUUCACCAAACUCACCGCUGUUUACUGAGUGUAAACACAGAUACAGGGACACUGGAGUGUUUUAAAGUUGUGAUUCAUCAGCGAAUCGCUGGUAUGUCAGCUUCUAGACAAACCAGCUGAUCGAUAUGACUUUAACCGUAGAUACAGGGACACUGAAGCGUUUUACACUCAGUAAACAGCAGUGAGUUCAGUGGACUGAUGACCUUCACGGCCAAUCACAGUCAUUUCUGUUGAGCAUGUUAAUACAUUGGGAAAUCAGCGCUGUUUAGGAACGUGCUCAACAGCGCUCAAAUGUUAGCUGGAAAUAGACGUUUUUUUAUUUCAGUAUCAAUUAGUACCGAACUCCAGUAACGUGACACACUAGAUGAUGCCGUCUUAAAAGAGUUUAAAUGUAAUUUUUUCUAUGUAUGGAAAAUCUGUCGACAUCUGUGUUUGCACACCUCGUAAAGUGUGUUUCUGGCAUAAAUUGUCGCUAUUCUUGUGGCCAAAUCAUGGUUCGCUAACAUUUGAGCACUGUUGAUCGCUUUCUUAAACAGCGCUGAUAUGCCAUUGUGUUCACAUGCUCAACAGAAAUGACUGUGAUUGGCCGUGAAGGUCAUCAGUUCACCAAACUCACUGCUGUUUACUGAGUUUAACCACAGAUACAGGGACACUGGAGCGUUUUAAAGCCGCAAUUAAUCAGCGGAUUGCUGGUAUGUCAGCUUAUAGACAAACCAGCUGAUCGACGUGACUUUAAAACACUCCAGUGUGCCUGUAUCGGUGGUUAAACUCAGUAAACAGCGGUGAGUUUGAUUAACUGAUGACUUUCACAGCCAAUCACGGUCAUUUCUUUUGAGCACGUGAGCACAAUGGCAAAUCAGCUGUUUAAAAACGAGCUCAACAGCACAGAUAACCACAGAUACAGGGACACUGAAGCAUUUUAAAGCCUUUAUUCAUCAGCGCAUCACUCGGAUGUCAGCUUAUAGACAAACCAGCUGAUCGACGUGACUUUAAAACGCUCCAGUGUCCUUGUAUCUGUGGUUACACUCGGUUAACAGCGGUGAGUUCGAUGAACUGAUGAACUUCAGGGCCAAUCACAGUCAUUUCUGUUGAGCACGUGAACACAAUGGCAAAUCACCGCUGUUUAAGAACGCACUCAACAGCGCUCAAUUGUUAGCGGGAAAUGGACGUUAUUAAAAUUCAGUAUCUAUUGGUACCGAACUCCAGUAUCGUGACACACUUGGUGAUGCCGUCUUAAAUUAAUCUAAAUGUGCUCUUUUCCAUGUGUGGAAGAUCUGUCGACAUCUGUGUUUGCACACCUCGCAAAGUGUGUUUCUGGCAUAAAUCGUCGCCAUUCUUGUGGCCAAAUCAUGGUUGGUACAUGGUUACAAUUUUUAAGACAAGCUUGUGCUUCAGGGCCGGCUGUGCACUUUGGUUUUAUGUUGUUCAAGAGAGAUCGCACUUAUUUUCUGCUGUAUCCCCUCUGGGGUAUGAUUCAUAUUAGUAGUUUUUAAACCUUCAGUGGCGGAGGACAAACACUGUGUUCAUUUCCAUGUGAUUUGUAGGAUCCUCGUAAUAGUGAUUAUGUAUUUAUACGUAUUUCUACAGUUUCAGGUUUAGUAGUACUUUGUUUAUUUGUUGCACAGUUUAGCUACAUUACUGAUUAUAACACUUCAGAUAUUGACAUAUUUGAAAAUGAAGGUGAAAUUACUCUAAUUUCAUUCUCACUGGCUGUGUUCUGAAUAGUUUACUAUAGUAGUAUGCUGUUAAGUAAGGGCGCGCGAUAUUUGUUCAUGAAGUAUGAGUAGAUAUGGAAUAUGUCUGUCACUUUGCUAAAAAUAAACAAAAACACAUCAUUAAAGUCUAAUAGCAUUAAUAGGUAUUGAAUCCUAUUAGAAUGUAGCUAGAAUAAGUGCGUAAUUCAAGUUAUGAACGCAAAAAAAAUUCCACUAUUGCAAAUGUGAUUCAUUUUACACAAUAGUUCAACAAAUAUUCACAAACCGUUCAAGAAAAGUUCAAUUUUAGACCUUAUAUUGUAUUUUUUCAGUUUUAACAAUUAAAAUAUUUCCGAACAAAAGAUAGUUCUGUAAUUAAUCUGUUUUUUUCCGAAAUCCAUACUACUACCAUGCAAUAUAGUAUGCUAAAAACAGUAUGCAAGCCCAGUAGUGUCCGAAUUCAUAAGGUGCGUCCCAAAUCGCAUACUUGUGCACUAUUCUACGCCAUUUUGUAGUAUAAAUAGUGUGAGUAGUGUGUUCACACUGAAAUAUUUUAUUCUAAAAAUAAUAAGUGCACUUUAAUUACAGAUGAUGCACUUAUUCAACUGUUAAAAAUUAGUGUGUAAUGUUGACACUUUACUCACUCAACGGCUGCUGCUUUGCCUACGUAGCGGAAGGGGUGGAGAUAUCGGGAACUGACGUUGGAUUACUUAAUUUAUUUUGGAUUGUGAAAGCAAAAUUCUCCUACGAGAUUGAUUAUAGCGCCUCCCAAUGGUGAAUGCGGUUAUACUCAUGACCAGUAUUAUUUGACAGUUUGGUCAUUUAUUUAGCUAAUUUGGCAACCGUCAAACGUCAUCAGGGAAACGGUUUGAAUUUCCGAUUAGUAAAAAAUCGUUAGUGUUCCAUUUGGGGCGACACUAAAUUCAUAUAUUAUGCUGUUAAGUGUGUAAGUGCAUGAGUACAUAGUGUAUAGUGUGCCAUUUGGGACGCAGCUGUAGAGUUUAAAAAAACAGUAUGCGAGAAGUACCCAGAUGACCUACUACUUCCAGCGAGAUUCUGAAGAGCGCAUCCGAGGCAUGCUACGCUAUCCCAUGAUGCACCACAAGAGAAUUUAUGAAUGAAAGUAAAGCAACGCAACUGACGCGAGUAGGUUACGUGAUCAUGACAAAAUGGAGGAUGUCGUACGUCCGAGUUCCAUUCAUACUACUGACAGUCAUACUGUAUAGAACAUACUUUUCUAACUGUCGAGAAGUACACUUAAAUUCAAAUACAGUACCAAUUGAGUAGUAGGCGAUUUCAGCCUCUGUUUUUAAUAAUUUAAGUCAAAGAAUGAUUCGUAGAGAGUCAUUUGAUUCCUUUCUAAAUGAAUCAUUAAACAAACCAUUUGAAUGAAUAAUUCAAUGAAUCACUGGUUAAGACAGGGAGGUGUCGCCACCUACUGGUGGUUUUAUUGUUAUAUUUAGGUAUAAAACUACUCAGGGUAUCUGCAGGGUCUUAAAAAGUCUUAAAUUUCAAAAACCUAGUUUUAGGCCUUAAAAAGGUCUUAAAUCCACUGAAGUAUUGUGUUGUAGGUCCUAAAUAAUUUUAAACGUGUCUUAAUUUCCUAUCUCUAAUUUUCCUAUGUAUAUUUCAAUAAAAGUUUUAAGAUGUUUAUUAUUAAUGAACUUUAUUUACUUAUUAUUGUAAGGAAGAUAAACCAUAUUAAUAUUUUUAAAUGUUUAUUAAGGUAUUACAUAGGCCAUAAAAUAAUCUUUAGCGUUUUGCCUUGUAGAAGUCUGAAAUUUCAUUCAUAUUGGUCUUAAAAUGGUCUUAAAUUUGACCUGAUGAAACCUGUGGAAA